GGUCUGGGCGGAGCCUGCGGAACGGCGGCUGCUCGUUCGCCGAGGGCUGCUGGACCAGGCAAGGUACCACAGGUCCCGAGUGGUUGCGGGUGUAGGGAACAAAACCCGAGCGCGGUAAAGGGCCCGCGUUCGCGGAGGAAGCUGAUGUAGCGGAAUCCCGCUCCCCACCCCCGCAGGCUCUGUGUGCUCGUUUCGGGUCUGACCGGACUGUGGCUGCUGUCACCCGGGACCUGCCAUGGCCCAGCAGAGAGCCUUGCCCCAGAGCAAGGAGACGCUGCUGCAGUCCUACAACAAACGGCUCAAAGACGACAUCAAGUCCAUCAUGGACAACUUCACCGAGAUCAUCAAGACCGCCAAGAUUGAGGAUGAGACACAGGUGUCGCGGGCUACUCAGGGUGAACAAGACAAUUACGAGAUGCAUGUGCGAGCUGCCAACAUCGUGAGUGGCCAGGGUGGAAAACACCCCUGUAGGGAUCACAGAUGGACCAAAGGAAAACAAGAGAAGAGUGGGGCGGGGCAGAGGAAGUUGCCCCUGGUCCGAGCUGGCGAAUCGCUGAUGAAGCUGGUAUCUGAUCUCAAGCAGUUCCUGAUCCUUAAUGACUUCCCAUCUGUGAAUGAAGCCAUUGACCAGCGUAACCAGCAGCUGCGCGCCCUGCAGGAAGAGUGUGAUCGCAAGCUCAUCACCUUGCGGGACGAGGUCUCCAUCGACCUCUAUGAGCUGGAGGAGGAGUACUACUCGUCCAGCUCAAGUCUCUGCGAAGCUAAUGACCUGCCUCUAUGUGAAGCUUACUGGAGGCUGGACCUCGACACAGAUUCUGCUGAUGGCCUCUCAGCCCCUCUUCUGGCGUCCCCGGAGACUGGUGCUGGUCCCCUGCAGUCUGCAGCCCCUGCCCACUCCCAUGGUGGUGGCCCUGGCCCCACAGAACACACCUGAGCGCUCCCCAGGGCCCUAGUUUAUCAGAAAGGAAGUCCUGUGGGUGCCCGCUUCAGUCUUAGCUCCCACUUCGGGAUCAGGAACCACUGUAGCCUUAGGGACCUGGCCAGGCCAGGGCCAGUUCCCUGAUGGUUCAGGAAUGCUGUUCAGUUAUUUACAGGCAGAUGGAUGGCCCUUCGUCUCUAGUGGCUACCUUCCUGACUGCCAGAUGGAAGUUGGUCCCAUUGAGGACCUUGAAUGGGGAGGUUGGCUGGUGAUAGAAAGCCUCAGUCUGUUGAGAAUUAGGAGGUGCUCAGUAGACCUUAGCCAAGUCCAGCCACCCAUAUUUGACUCAAGCUCCUGUAUAGAGAGCCCUGUCCACUGCCUGGUGCACAAUUGUUUGUGCCACAGCUGGACAGUCCUAGCAAGACCGAGGCAGCUAGCUAGCCAGGGCAUCUUCCUGGAUUCUGACACCAUUUUCAUUCUGCUACUUUUGUGAUGAAACUGUUGAAUAAAACAUUACCUUUUUGUGCUGUUCAUUUUUCUUUCCUGAUCAGUCUAAGAUUCCCCCGGGUUCCUCAAGCAACAGCCCCAACUCUGAUGUGGGAUUGCCCUCUGUAUGCUGUGAAAUGUUUUAUUACCAUUGGCUAAUAAAAGAAGCUGCUUCGGCCUAUGGCAGGGCAGAAUAAAGCAAGUGGGAAAUCCGAACAGAGAUACAUAG